UCUCAGACUAUGACCAUUUUAUCAUAGAAAAUGAUAAACUCUCACGUUGACGGUGCCCGGUGAACCACUUUAUAAUAAGACAUAAAAUAUAUGAUUCGUGAUUUCUAAUUUAACUCGUGUUGAAUCCAAACGGUCAAGGAAUAUUGGGUUGAAAAAUAGAAAAAUGAGACUUACCAGUUACUUGCGAGAUGCCAAAAAGGUCGGUGAGAUGACAAAGAAAUACGCAAAUUUACCGGACUCUUACAUUAACCGAUCUAUGGAACAGGUUGUAUGGAAAACGCCUAGAAAUAAUCCUCGUUAUUUGCCAAGAACUGUUAAAAAGAAAAAAUUCCAUUUUGGGACAGACAGACCAUGGUCACAGGGCUUUCAGAGCAACAAUGGUAUUGGAGAAUUAAAACCCAAAGUUUUCAUAGAACCGAUAAAAGAUUGGUCAUUUUUUAAAGGAGACAGAGUCGAAAUCUUAGUUGGUCCUGAUAAAGGUAAACAAGGAAUUGUUGCAAGACUUUAUCAGGAAAGAAAUUGGGUUAUUGUUGAAGGUUUAAAUUGUGAGUUAAAAGAAGUCGAUCAUUAUGAAGGGCAUUUAUCUAUGGUCCAACAACAGGAGAUGCCAUUAUUGGUUACUAAUGAAGUUGCUUUAGUAGACCCAUCUGAUUUACAAGGGUGUGCUAUUGAAUGGCGGUUUACUGAAAAUGGUGAAAAAGUUCGUGUAUCAACAAGAACUGGAAAAAUUAUCCCAAUCCCCUCUUUUGCAAAUGAAACUUAUGACUAUAAGACUCAUAAAACGUACAAAGAAUCUGAUAAGGAUACGACCGAAGAUGUGUUGACUGAAAUAACUUUCUCUCCUUUGCUAAAAACAUUUGAAAUGGAAAUUAUGGAAACUAUGGGAAUAAAAGAAGAGAGAGUUCAAAAACAAACGUAUUGGUACUAAUUGUGUACAACUAUUUUUAGUUUAUCUUUGUAAUUAUUUGUGAUUAGAUGAUUAGUACUUUGAUUGUUUACAUAUGUAAUCUUUAGCUUACAAUUAAAAGUAUUUUCUUUGUACUAAGUUGAUUACAUACACCUUCAUUUGUUA